GGCUCGGCGGCUGCGCCUCGUCCCGGGGAUGCGCUGCUGGGCGGGCGCGGAGCGGGAUGGAGGUGGAGGAGGCGUUCCCGCUGGUGGGGCAGAUGGGGCCCUACCAGGUGUAUCUGUGCGUCCUGCUGGCCGUGCUCCUCCAGCUCUAUGUUGCCACUGAAGCCAUCCUCAUUGCAUUGGUGGGUGCAACUCCUCCCUACCACUGGGAUCUUCAAGAGCUCUCAGCUAAUCAGAGCCAUAGCAACCAGUCAGCAAGCGAGCAGAGAGCUUUUGGCGAAUGGCUUCUGACCGCCAAUAGCAGUGAGGUGCAUAAGCAUGUACACUUCAGCAGGAGCUUCACGUCAAUAGUCUCUGAGUGGUUUUUAAUUGGUAACACAUCGUACAAAGUCAGUGCUGCCAGUUCUUUCUACUUCAGUGGGGUGUUUAUUGGAGCGAUUUCCUUUGGCCAGCUCUCAGAUCGCUUCGGAAGGAAGAAGGUCUAUCUCACAGGUUUUGCUCUUGACAUCUUGUUUGCCAUUGCAAAUGGAUUCUCACCCUCGUAUGAAUUCUUUGCCAUCUCUCGCUUCUUGGUGGGGCUGAUGAAUGGUGGGAUGUCACUGGUGGCCUUUGUUCUACUGAAUGAGUGUGUGGGCACUGCCUACUGGGCGUUAGCAGGAUCUAUUGGUGGCUUGUUCUUUGCUGUGGGAAUUGCCCAGUAUGCUUUACUAGGGUACUAUAUUCGUUCCUGGAGGACUCUGACUAUUGUGGUUAACCUGGAAGGAACAGUCGUCUUUCUUCUCUCUCUAUUCAUUCCAGAGUCACCUCGUUGGCUCUAUUCACAAGGUCGGCUGAAUGAAGCAGAAGAUGCCCUCUACCUCAUUGCAAAGAGGAAUCGCAAGCAGAAGUGCACUUUUUCAUUAAAACUCCCAGCAGAGAGGACCUCCAGAGAGGCUGGCAGCUUCUUGGAUCUGUUCCGAUACAAGAUUCUUUUGGGACGCACCUUGAUCAUGAUGUUUACCUGGUUUGUGUGCAGCUUGGUUUACUAUGGUCUUACCCUUAAUGUGGGUGACUUAGGUGGAAGUAUUUAUGCCAAUUUAGCGCUUUCGGGGUUGAUUGAAAUCCCAGCAUACCCAAUCUGUAUUUACUUGAUUAACCAAAAAUGGUUUGGUCGGAAGCGAACAUUGAGUGCAUUUCUGUUCCUGGGAGGAUUGGCUUGUCUUAUUGUCAUGUUUCUUCCUAAAAAGAAAGAUACUGGAGUGUUUGCAGUGGUGAACAGUCACUCUCUGUCUUUGCUGGGGAAACUGACAAUCAGUGCUGCAUUUAACAUUGUCUACAUCUACACAUCUGAACUUUAUCCCACAGUGAUCAGGAAUGUUGGAAUGGGUGCCUGCUCCAUGUUUUCUCGUGUUGGUGGAAUCAUUGCUCCUUUCGUCCCUUCAUUGAAAUCCGUACAGUGGUCACUGCCUUACAUUGUGUUUGGAGCAACUGGUCUUUUGUCUGGACUCUUAAGCUUAUUGUUGCCAGAGACCUUAAACAGCCCUUUACUAGAAACUAUUUCAGAUCUGCAGGUGUGCUCGUACUGGAGGCUGGGUGAUGAAGCCAUGUCAUUGCAAGCCUUACAUGGCUCACAGUCUGGAGACAAAGACAGUUCUGCAGGGAGUGGAAGCGAAGAUGAGGAGUUUUAUGAUGCUGAUGAAGAGACUCAUAUGAUCAAGUAAAGAAAAGAAGAAGCACUCACCUAUUUUAUGCCUGUUAUUACUUGUCCAGUCAGUCCAGCUGCAAGACAAGUACUGGGGACCUCACCUGUCAGAGAAUGUAAUUGGGCAAGUGCCUGUGUUUUUCCUGACUAGGAGAGGAGUUUGAGAAAUGUUCAGACUUAUCACACCGCUGAUGCUCUCCAUAUGAGGCAGCCAUUCAAAUUCUUGUGGUUCAGAAUGCCAGUGUGUUGACCAUUUUUGAAGGCAGGUGAGACAUAAAUGGUGAGAUGAUGUAUUUUUGAAGCCUGGGAACUUACCUAGGCUUAGAUAGUUUUGGGCAGGUUGUCAAUGCAUAUGUUUCUAUUUUAUUUUCAAGGUGGUUGAUUUUGAUUCAAUAUGAAUUGAUAAACUUGAAAAUAUCUACUGUUUUUUUUCUGUACAGUGAAAGUGGUCAUUGAAUGUGCUGUGUACUACUCCAGUGGGAACAAAUUCCUGAAAUUGUAUGUUCAAAUGACUUCUGCGUAGUGAAUACAGGAGAGUUAGCUAUGAACACAGGUUUCUCUGUCUGCACACAGACACCUGUAUAGUUAUAGGGUGUCGCUCGUUUGGUUGGAGCUGUGCAUGAACGUGAACUUAGUGGUAAUGGAAGGCCAGAAGGAAGGACUACUGAAAAGAGCAACCAUAAAGCCUGCAGACCUAAAUGACACUGCUGAUUUUUUUCCUUCUUUUCAUCCACCAAAUAUUUUCUUGGGCUGUUUUAUGCAUACGUUUGCCACAUGUUCCCCACAUCUCAGCGCAGCUGUUUAUAGCUUUGCCUACUUUCACCUUGUUCUCACUUUGCCAUCAAUAUUGCAGCUCAGCAACUUCUCUGUGCAGUGAAAUAAUUUUGUGAAGGAUAUAAUUUCUUGGUGGGACAUAGUUGAGGUAUUUAUCACAUACUGUGUAAUGUGAGGUGUGUGUUUGAAUAUAUAGCUCUUUUUUGUGAACCUACCUCCAUCUUUAUUUCUGGAAGAAACUUAAUUCUGAAGUGGUAAGAGGAACUAGGAGUUGCUGUUGCAUUUUGGGAAUUAUUGCCAGGAAGCUGCUUGUGUUUGUUUAAAAUUCAUGCAUUUAGAUCAAAUUCUUAUUUAGAAAAAAGGCAAACCUCUCUGAGACACCAUUUGGUUACAUGAUGUUUCUAACCAAAUGCUUGCUCGAGCACUUGGUUACUUGACCUUGUUGAGGAAGACAGCUUUACUGCCCUGUUUCCACUGAACUUUCUGUAAGCGUUUAAUUAGCGGGGUAUGGAAUCUUGAAAUAUGAAACGUGAACAGAUGAAAUCUUCCAGCUACUCAGAUGAGGCCUUACAAGAACCAGUUUUCUUGAUUACGUUGUCAUCUUCAUUCCCUAACCUUCCUAUUUAUUGAAAUGAAUUUCUAAGAAAGAUUUUGUCUUUAUACUUGCAGUUCCUAGGAAAGUGCCACGUAGCAAGUAGGUUGUCAGGCUUGCUAGCAAUGUUUGUGGAUGUUAGCCUAAAAUAUUGUAUAAAGAAAAAUUGGGAAAGUUGACUGCUGAAUAUUUUCUGGCUAAACUGGGUAGCUGCUUUAUGCUGAAAGGAAAUGAAAGUAAAUGGCAUCUAAAAUUUGCAGCUAACCACUUGAACUUUGUUCACUGGGAACUGUUCAUGCUGAGCAAAGUGCAACUGCCCUGGUUGGUGCAGAAGGCAGCCCAGAGACUACAAAUUCAUCCGUGCAGUACUCCCACUGAGCCUGAACUUGAUCCAGGCACUGACUGUGAGCAAAGUUGGGAACUCACAGACAAUGUGUCAGUAUUGUGAUUUUUCCUUGUGUUAUGAGCUUUGCUAGAAGAAAUCCAGCCUUUUUUUUUUUUUCUUGACUCUUGAAUAGUCACUGUAGAUAUGACAGAGCACUUUUAAACCUACCUGGUUAUACUUGGCCCAUUUGUAUGAAAGAGAAUUACGACAAAUAAGGUACUUGGAAAUACUUGGAAAGGUUGAAACUAUUUCUUCAAAAUUAUUUUUUUUUUUUAGGUUUUGUUUUUUUUUAGUUUUGCAUUCACAUCUUGAAUCAUGGACAGCUGGAAAGUUCACUUUUAGUUUUGUUGCUAAGGGCUUCUGGAUAAAGAAAAACCUGCUUAAUUAGAAGAAAACAGUGGCAAGCCUGAUGAUAUUAACAAUGCUGCUGAGACCCAACAGGUUUUUUAGAUAUCUGCUGCUUCUGUCCCUCUUUGGGUAGUAAAUGGAAUAAGGCUUCUGAAAGGGAGGCAGGAACUGUUAGCCUUCUUCCCACCAAACUGUCAUGAUCUGCUACUGGCAUCCUUGGUCAUGCCGCCAGACACCUUAACGUAAUUUUCAUUAGAACAAUAGGAUGCUGUAAUGGUUCAGGUGGAGGAGGUCGCUCUUUGAAGAAAGUAAGCUGGAUUUUGUGACAGUCCUCAACUUACUUACCUCUCCGCUCAUGCACUUUUAUAUUAUAAGUAUGCAUAUGUAAAAUUGCAAAACCAAGAGUGAAGAAAAUAUCAGGGUUUUUUUUUUUUUUUCCUUGAAAGUUGCUGCACUUUUUUAACCUUAAGUCUGUCUUGUGUUUGAACGUUUGGAAUUUUAAAGGGUAGCAUCUUUUUUUGUCAACCACGGGAACUUUCUAUUUUUACUUUCUUUGGCAAGUUAAUUCAGAAGUUUUGUAGGAGGGAAUCUCUGCAGGAGGAUCUCAGCAGUGUAGUAUCGAGCUGCAUAAAAUUGCCUGCUUUUUUUCCCCUUUGUGUUCCGAAGUCUCUGACAGGGUUUUCAGGCUGUGUGGCUGUACUGAGGUUAGCAGAAUAUCCUUUGCAGAACCAUAGGGAAUGCAGUUGAGCCAUACACUUUCCAGCCUGUUUCACCAAAGCAUAUAGAAGCAGUUUGUGAGAGAAUGUUUUUGUUGUACUGAGGAGAAGGGGAAAGUGAGGAACAAACUUACUUUUCCUACAGUGUGUUAAUGGAAACAGUUGAGCUUAAACUUCUGUUCCGAAUGUCUUCUGCGUAAUCACAAAUGCAGACUUGGUUAGUAGUAUUUUGUUUUAGCUGAAGGAUGAUGAGGUUUUCCCUCCCUGCUAGAGCUUCUUUGAUCAUGUUCUUUGACAGAGCUGAAUCUAGACAUCUGUGCAUGCAAGUCAUGAGCCUUGCAGUAUGUCAGAAAAGCCCAAGAGCGGUGCUGUCACUUGAUGGUACAAGUUAGUCUGGCCUGACACACUUGAUGCCUGUGUCAGAAAGGUCUGUGUUAGGCUGUUUACUCAACAGGAGACAUACGGUAUAGCUGUACUUCGAGUUUUAUUGCUUGUGUCUCACUACAAGAUGCCUACGUAAGAAAGCCUCUGAUACAGAUCUAAAUGUAGAAUUGGAGGGUGAACAAAUUAAUAGAGAAUUUUUCCAUGCUAUGUAUUUUUAGUGCCAUGUCCAGUGCCAUAGCCAUCAGAUUUUCCAGGUGCUAGUGUUAUUUAAGUCUAAUAGAACUGAGGAAAACUUCAACCCCGACAGUCUGAACUUACUGAGUUCUCAUCUUAUUUUCAGUACUACUCACUAUUUGUCAUUCUAAAAGAAGCUCCUGUAUUGCCUAAGAGGGAGCAGAUUUUUCUGUUCUAACUUGAAGGGCUUGUUUAAGUUUGGUUUUUUUUUUUUUUAUUUCCUCAGUCAACUUGAUAUGGAACUGUGUGUAAAAUAACGUCAUAGAAUUGGAUUAUCUAAGUGCCAAAGACAGCAUUUACUGGAAAGCGAUGGUCCAAAACUAGUUCUAGCUGCAUUCAUUUGGUAUUCUUCCAUGCAACCUGCUAAAACUGGUAUUUACAAGCAUUUCUGCAGCUUUAGGGGAGCAGAAAGAGUUAUCUUUGUUUGCUUGUCUUUCAUUGCUCAGUUCACUUAAGUAGCUUUUGUUUCUGAGGAACCAAAGAAAUAAAUAAAGCAUUUAAGAUAAAGUGUAGGUUUUGUAGGUGGUGCAGAAUUCAUACCAUGUAGCCAUUACAGAGAAAUCUGCAGAUCAUGUUUGCUUCUGAGUUGCACAUGUCAAAGCUUACUCUAAGGCUGAUAAAACUUGGUUAAAAACUCCAUGCUGGAAUUUGUUAGUUCGUUCAUCAGCCAUACAAAUUAGCAUUGCUCAUAACAGCUUGCCUGGAGCUUCAUAGGACCUAGCAGAUUUCUAUAAAGCGCACAGUCUGUUUGAAGCAUUGCUAAAUAAUAAUGUCUAGAGUUAAAUCCCUGUUACAGCUAAAAUUCACUGCAGGUCAACCCUUUCGUGACUGCUUGUUUGCCAGUAAAUGACUAAAAGUUCAUGCAGUGAGAGCUGUCUGCACCCAGAGGGAAUGGUUUAGAAGGAAUAAUCUGCUGUCUCCAGUGUGUACGCAGAAUGAAGCGGGACCAUGGGAUGUCAGGGUCUUCUCAUACACAGCAUGCUCUUAGAAUGGAGUAUGUUUCAGUAAGUACUUGCUCACUCUCAUUUACGAACGAUUUGUAGAGUAAACUUG